UUGAAUGGUCAUCGGCGGACAAUCACAUCUUUAAGAUGUACAACAACGCGUCGCUUAUUUGUGCACGAAGCUGUCUACGAUACCGUCCUUGAUCGUGUUAAGCGCGCGUAUGCUCAGUUCGAGUCGAGAAUUGGAGAUCCACUCGAGUCGAACACCAUCAUCGGUCCUCUUCAUAAUCAAGUUGCAGUGAUGAAGUACAAAGCUACUGUUGCGGAGGCGAUCGCCACUGGCGGCAAAGUGGAGUACGGAGGCAAGGUAUUAGAGAAAGAAGGGAACUUCGUCCUUCCAACAAUCAUCACCGGACUUCCUCAUGAUGCUCCUGUAGUAUUGCGUGAGACAUUUGCACCAAUUCUGUACGUGAUCAAAGUGAAAAGUCUGGAUGAGGCCAUCAAAUACAACAAUGAGGUGGGUGAAACUGUUUUAAGACUUUUUCACGAUUAUGAUUGCUUCACGUAG